CAACAUGUUCAGUUGCUGUUCUUUCCCAGAAAUUGAAGACAAAAAACCGUUGAUAAUUGACGUCAAGAAGAUUAUAAGUGACCGUGCCUGGACAAGCUUCACGACUACUUUCGGUUUCUACAAAAACUUAACCGUGAAAAGAGAAAAAUUUGACGUGGAGGUACCGGAAAAUUAUUUUUUAUUUGAGAAAAUCAGCCAAGGGCCGAAAAAAGAAUUCGGCGGGAAUAACGCGCUGACCACCCAGAAGCCCGCAGUGUCUGGGGAUGGACCAGAUCAGAAGACGGUUGAGCCAGUUGCUGACCAGACAGAUGGGCUGGGGAAGGCAAAGAAGGGAGACGACUUGUGGAAAUCUCCCUCACAAAAUUUAGCUAACUCAGAGAGUAUGUCGCUCAACACCAUCUUCGACAACAACACAGCCGAGAAACAACUCUACAAGUUCCGCUUUGAGAAGACGAGGCGGACAGAAAUCAACGUCACGUUUCAAAAGGGCUUCACAUUUGGGGGCAAGGCCAACUUCAGCAUCGGGGUGCCCAAGUUGUGGGGGGAGGCCAACGUGGGGGCGGAACUGGAAAUGCAAUAUCAGAUCACUAAAACAGAGGGUCAGACUUUUGAAGAAACUGUUCUAAUGGAGGCCACCAGCGACAUAGCUGUUGGCCCAAACAGCAAGUACACGGCCAACGUCGAACUGGAAGAAAAAUCUUUACUCGUUGAGUUUGAGGUGAUCACCCGCCUGUCUAUGCCACAGGAGCGUGCACCAAUCUACAUCAAGCGAAAAUCGGAUGGACGAUGUGUUUAUAUUUACAGUAUGAGGAACAUCCGGGAUAUUUUUGCUAAGGUUGAACAUUUGGUGCGGAAUCCGCCUGAGUGUGAUAUCAACGAGGUUUAUCUAGUUACCGAAGGCGUCAUUAAAGGCAUGAUGGCGUGCAACCAUAAGAUUUUACUAAACAGUAACGAACCGGAUGAUCUAAAGAAAAGGGCACAGGAGAACCGCUUUAAUUCUGAAGACGAUCGAUUUCAAAGGACGAGUUGAAAUAUUAAACCUGCCUUUAAGUUUCAUGAACAUUCGU